GUUUAAUUCAGACAGAUAGUUUACAAAAAAUUAAAAUAAAUAGUUUAGGAAAGCACACAAUUAAUUUUCCUCUUCCCUAGUUUUCCAGGAACAUCAUCCCCUCUUGUCUUUCCCACAGACCUAUCAAGGCCCAGACUUGAUUUGUAUAGACCAGAGGGAAAACCAGGAGGAGCUAACUAAAUUUUUGCACAGGGUCAGUCAUGCAAACCACCAAGUUUGCAUUGCUGUGUGAGCAGAUAUGUUUUAAACAAAUAGAGGUAUUUUAUCAGGGGGAACUUUCCUGAAGUGUUUUUAUUUUGAGGAGAGGGAAUUGUUCCCUCUUUAAGUUCCUGCUUUAUGUAGUAAUGGUGUUGGCUGCUAAAAUACACUGUGACCUGGUUUCCAAGGAAAGGUGUAGACACAUGUUUUGCUUCAGAUGCCUUUGAGUGAUGGGGGUGUAACAGGUGAGAGAAAGCACUUGUUCUGAUACUCUGAUUUGUGGUGGUGUUGUUAAUGCUGCCCACGUGUAAGUGGUACUUAUCCUUAUCAAUCUCUCUCCCCAUUCUCCUUUUUUUUGUAAUUUCCUAGCCUCUAUUGUGCUGCUUCUGCUCCUGCUCUCAGCACCCAUUCCCUUUUUUUUUUUUUAACCUAGGUGACAGCAAGGAGCUUGAUUCAUACUGUACAUAUGCAGAAGGGUUUCUUCAUGCAAGAAAGAAUCACAUGUUGGGCAUACCUGGAGACUGUUUCUAAAACCUGCAGAGAGUUGCUGAGCUUUGGUUUCUACAAAAUAGGGGUUGCUGUACUUCAGUUUGUGGCUCCUUAAAAAUUUUAACAAGGUUUGGUGCCAUUACGAUAAGCCUUUGUGGGGUCCCCUGGCUAGCUCUGGACCCCAGCUUUGCCGACAAGACUAAAGAAUGAAGAGACACAAGUGGUCCUACAAAUGUCCCUCACAAAGGAAGAUCUUGAUUCUGUGUGUUACUGGGUGGCUGAUUGCACUGUUGAAGCUCCUCCAUGUCAAAAGACACUUUUUUCCCUCUAAAGGCAUUUACUUAGUUGAGCACUUCUUGAGCACUUCUUCUUAUGUCAGAAACAGAUAUUCAUACCCUAGAAAUGAGUUCCAGUAUGAAAUUAAUUGUUCAUCUAUAUAUGAACAAGAUCCUCGUGAAAUUGGCAAGAGUUUAGAGAUAAGAAGAAAAGAAAUAGUUGAUUUAGCAGAUGAAGAUGUUGUAGCAAUGACAAGUGACUGUCAUGUGUAUCGUUCUCUUAGGAAAUAUCAGCUAAAACCUGUUUCUCCAGAGGAGGAGAGUUUUCCAAUUGCCUAUUCCUUGGUUGUUCACAAAGAUGCAGCAAUGGUAGAAAGGCUCAUACAUUCAUUGUACAGUCAUCAAAAUAUUUACUGCAUCCAUUAUGAUCAAAAAUCAGCAAGAAGUUUUAAAUCUGCUUUGAACAAUCUAGCAAAAUGUUUCCCAAAUAUUUUCAUUGCAUCAAAAUUGGAGACAGUGGACUACGCACAUAUUUCACGUCUGCAAGCAGAUUUCAAUUGUUUGUCUGAUUUGAUGGACUCUCCAGUUCCUUGGAAGUAUGUUAUCAAUUUGUGCGGCCAAGAUUUCCCUUUGAGAUCAAAUUUUGAGUUGGUCGCUGAACUGAAGAAACUUGGUGGAGGAAACAUGCUGGAAACUUCAAAGCCAAGCAGUAGCAAAAGAGAACGAUUUACUUAUCACUAUGAACUUAUGAAAGUGCCUUAUGAAUACAUGCAGAUCCCUGUAAAAACCAACAUUUCCAAGAAUCCGCCACCUCAUGAUAUUGAGAUAUUUGUAGGCAGUGCCUAUUUUGUUUUAAGCCGAGAAUUUAUUCAAUAUACCCUUGAAAGCUCACUUGCAAAAGACUUUUUUGAGUGGUCAAGGGACACGUACUCUCCAGAUGAACAUUUCUGGGCCACUCUGGUACGUGUCCCUGGGGUCCCUGGGGAAGUUCCAAGGUCAUCCCAGGAUGUAACAGACUUACAAAGCAAAACUCGUUUGGUGAAAUGGAAUUAUCUUGAAGACUAUUUGUAUCCUCCGUGCACUGGUACACACCUUCGCAGUGUCUGCAUCUAUGGGGCUGGAGAAUUAAGAUGGCUUCUGAAUUAUGGACACUGGUUCGCCAACAAGAUUGACUCCAAAGUAGAUCCUGUCCUGGUAAAAUGUUUGGCAGAAAAGGUGGCAGAACAACAGAAGGAGUGGGUACAUUUGUCCUCUGAUGAGCACUUUCUGCACUUAAGUUCUACGAAUGCCUUGACAUAGCAAUGCUGUGUUCUCUGCUGUCCAUGCUGUGUGCACAGCACUGGCAGUUCUUGACCUGCUGCAGGAUGGCAGUGAGGAAAAGGCCCAUUCUAUAUAACAUCCAGGGCUCUGCAGAGCCAGGUGCCUGGGUAUUUAUUUAUGUAAAGUAAUUUCUCUCUGAUUAACUGUUUUGCCACAUUAAACCUGUAAUUGUCUUCAGGAUGAUUCUGAGAUGGUGAAGUUUGCUUUUGGAGGCUCUUGUGCUCUCUGUCCCAGUGGAGUAUUUCAGAAAUGCAUUUUACUUCAAGUGUGUUUGUAUCUUCUUUGAGAAACUUCAGCACUUCUGUCUGCCUGUCCUCUUUUCCUUCACUUUUGCUUUUUUUAAAGGAAUAAAGGGAAGACCUCUGUAUCUGCUACCUCAGGAAAACUGCAAGUGCCCAUGUCACAGAAAAAAACCAAGAGAUCAGCAUGAACACCAAAUGAGCCAUGUGACCUCACCUGAAGUUCCACACUUCUCAUCUGUGGGAGCUGCAUAGAUCUUUGCAAUGUGAAUAUGACUGGAUGAUAUAAGGGAAAGAAGAUCCCUAUAUACUGCA